AUGGCUUCUUCCAACAUUUUGCGCUUGCCUGCUAGGAGGAUUCCUUCCUUCACGAAAGGUGCCCUCGUCCAAUCAAGGUCUAUCAGAUAUCAGGCGUUCGACGCCGCGUUUGAUCCCGACGAACUGCAGGAGGCGAGGGAAUGGCACAAGUCAUUCGAUGCCGGCCGUUUACCCAGAGGGCAAACUACAUUCGCUCGUCCAGCGGUCCCGGAGGGCAGCAUGUCAACAAGAAUCCGGGCCUCCAAGUAUUACACUUCACGGUCGGAUUCUCUCUCGUUCCAGGCUCAAACCCACAGACAUCGAGACGCAAACACGGACGAAAACUUGGAAAAGCUUGUUGAGGAAGUCCAGCGGAUCUAUCGCGAGUCAGUCCCCGGUGAAACGACGCCGGGAAAGCGGAAGAAGCACGAAGAGGUAGCCAGAUCAUUUGACAGGGCAAGGCUGCGUGAGAAGAAACAGCACAGCUCCAAGAAGCAGUCCCGUAGGGCGGUCGAAUGA